GCUUCACCAUUUUGGUGGCAAAGGUUAAAGGUAACUGAAAGGGUCAAAUUCAGUGUACUAGCUAAUCGCUACCUACCCUUUUGGCGGACGUGCUACCAUAGUAUAAUAUACGUAGCUCUAGUGAAUUGCGUUAAAUCGUAAACGACAGUUUAGACAAAAAACACUUAACUAGUGUGUAACGAUAAGAUUUGGCUGUGGUGAUAGUUCGCAAGCUAAUAUUUGUUAGCAGUUAGCUGUCUUGCUGCAGACAUUGCAGUUGCUAGCUAACCAGUCAAACAAGCUGGCUAGAUGCUUGUGUAAAGUCAACCAUCAAAGUUGCCAAGCAAACAUCUCGAGUGGAUGAGGCAAAUCAACGCUUGCUAGAUUCGUGGCAUUUGGUGGGGUAACUUUUCCCUCAGUCGCAAGAUUACGUUUAACUGGUUUGACUAUUUUCGGUUUCUAGCAAGCUACUAUAAAGACACUUUGUAGUAAGUUACCAGCUAACAUCAUUUCCUGGUGACGAGCUAGCCAAACAGGUCGGACAGGCUAACUUAAAUUAGCUAACAUUUACUGAGUAGGUGCGGUUGAACGAUUUGUAAUCUGCGAAGAUGUUACCUCGCCUCAACAGACAAUCAAUGGAUCAGUGAUUUUCACCUGUGUUAUUGAUCUUGAUUGUACAUUUUAAUGGGAGGCGAGCUGCUUUGCGGUGCAACCCGUGGGCGCUACUUGUGGAAACGAAGGAAGUGCCACUGUCCUGAAUGGAGUCGCUGGCCGGGUAUGUUUACAAAGCGGCUAGCGAGGGCAGAGUCUUGACAUUAGCCGCACUGUUGCUCAACCAUUCCGAGACCGAAACGCGGUACUUACUCAACUAUGUAACCCAUCUCGCCGGCCAGCGGUCGACCCCGCUCAUUAUAGCUGCCCGCAACGGCCAUGAAAAAGUUGUGCGUUUUCUUCUGGAUCAUUACAGAGUGGACACUGAACAGACGGGCACAGUAAGAUUUGAUGGGUACGUGAUUGAUGGAGCCACAGCCCUGUGGUGUGCUUCAGGGGCGGGGCACUUUGAAGUGGUCCGACUGCUGGUGGCCCACAGCGCCAACGUCAACCACACCACCGUCACCAACUCCACCCCACUGCGAGCUGCCUGCUUCGAUGGACGUCUGGACAUCGUGCGCUACCUGGUGGAGCACCAGGCGGACAUCGGCAUCGCCAACAAGUACGACAACACCUGCCUGAUGAUCGCCGCCUACAAGGGCCACUCGGACGUGGUGGAUUACCUGCUGGAGCGGGGCGCCAACCCCAAUGCCAAGGCCCACUGCGGCGCCACCGCCCUGCACUUCGCUGCGGAGGCCGGCCACCUGGACAUCGUGAAGGCGCUGGUGCAGCAGCACGCCUCCAUGGUGCUAAACGGCCACAACAUGACGCCACUGAAGGUGGCGGCCGAGAGCUGCAAGGCGGACGUGGUGGAGCUGCUGCUGGAGCACACGGACUGCGACGCCCAGAGCCGCAUCGAGGCGCUUGAGCUGCUGGGCGCCUCCUUCGCUAACGACCGCGAGUACUACGACAUCCUCAAGACCUACCACUACCUGUACCUGGCCAUGCUGGAGCGCACCCGCGACCCCGACAGCCUCAUCGGCAAGCCCCCGCAGUCCCUGGUGCCGGCCUACGGCGGCCGCCGCGAGUGCCAGAGCCUGCCGGAGCUGGAGGCCAUCCGGCAGGACCACGACGCGCUGCACAUGGAAGGCCUGAAGGUGCGCGAGCGCAUCCUGGGCUCGGAGAACAUCGACGUGUCGCACCCCAUCAUCUACCGCGGCGCCGUCUACGCGGACAACAUGGAGUUCGACCGCUGCAUCAAGCUGUGGCUGCACGCGCUGCACCUGCGCCAGAGGAGCAACCGCAACACGCACAAGGACCUGCUGCGCUUCGCCCAGGUGUUCUCGCAGAUGGUGCACCUGAAGGAGCAGGUGCGGCCGGGCGACGUGGAGCAGGUGCUGAGCUGCAGCGUGCUUGAGAUCCAGCGCAGCAUGUCCCGCAUGGAGAACACGCCGGAGGUCGAGCUGCACGCCGCCACCGACAACUACGAGUCCAACAUCUUCACCUUCCUCUACCUGCUGUGCAUCUCCACGCAGACGCAGUGCAACGCACUGGAGCGCGCCCCCAUCAACAAGCACGUCUACCAGCUGCUGCAGCUGGACCCGCGCUCCCGAGAGGGCUCCUCCCUGCUGCACCUGGCCAUCAGCUCCAGCACGCCCGUGGACGACUUCCACACCAACGACGUGUGCAGCUUCCCCAACGCACAGGUCACCAAGCUGCUGCUGGACUGCGGGGCGCAGGUCAACGCGGUGGACAACGAGGGCAACAGCCCUCUGCACAUCAUCGUGCAGUACAACCGGCCAAUCAGCGACUUCCUGACGCUGCACGCCAUCAUCAUCAGCCUGGUGGAGGCAGGCGCACACACGGACAUGACCAACAAGCAGAAGAAGACGCCACUGGACAAGAGCACCACCGGCGUGUCCGAGAUCCUGCUCAAGACGCAGAUGAAAAUGAGCCUCAAGUGUCUGGCAGCUCGCGCCGUCAGGCAGCACCACAUCACCUACCGCAACCAGAUCCCACGCACACUCGAGGAGUUUGUGGAGUUCCACUGACGCAACUUGACUGUUUUAUACAAGACCACGUUUCCCAGCGUUCCACUGACACACAGCUGAGACUCUCUCUUUUAUACGAGACCACAUUCUCCAGAGGUGCUGAGGAGGGGCGUACUCUCCCGUCUCCCGUUCUUUUUGCCAUACGUUUGUAGUGCACACACACCGGGCUUGUGUGUGUGUGUGCGCCAGAGGGCUCCUGCUUCGGAGGACUGAGCCGGUGGUAUGUCUGUAGUGGCAGCUUCUUGCCUGAUGCCCAUCCAGAUGAAUGGCAGCUUCUUGCCUGAUGCCCAUCCAGAUGAAUGGCAGCUUCUUGCCUGAUGCCCAUCCAGAUGAAUGUGUUCUAGCUGGAAGUCCGUCUGCACAUUUCAUCCUGGGCUUAUUGGUGUGUCUUUGAAAGAAGUGUGUGUCCUUAAAAGGUGUGUGUGUGCCUCUCAUGAGAGUGUUUUGUGCAUAUCGGAGGUGUUAGACUCCAAGGUAAAUGGGGUUGGGUGAUCUAGUUUGUGUGACCCCUGACCCCUACAGCUGAUGGACACUACACCAGAGAACACUACCAUGCCGAUAGCCUAGGCAGGCUGCACUUUGCUUUUAAUAAAAGGUUUUAUGAUUGUCCUUUUGGUAUAUUUUAAAUACUUACUUUUCAAUAUUUUAUUUUUUAAAAAGGUCCUAUGAAAGUAUAGAUUUAUUAGAAAAUCAACUAUCGGACAAAAAACAUGAGUUGCCAUGGAACGUUUGCUUUGUGUGAAUGAAUGUGCCUGUGACUCCCUUCCUCUCCUCUCUCUCCUCCUCCUCCUCCUCCUCCUCCUUCUGUGGCUGACUGCUGAUUCUCCUGUCAGUCACAUGCUAGGCUUGUGUGUGAGAGUGCGUUCUCCUGGUGAGCGUGUGUGUGUGUGUGAGAGUGCGUUCUCCUGGUGUGUGUGUGUGUGUGUGCUUCUGAAAAGCAGCCUCUGAGAGGCAUCAUCCUCCAUACUGCAGAAGCGCGGGGGCGGGAGUGAGAGUGUGUUCAUGUCCGUAUGAAAAUCGGGGCGUGUUUGUGUGUGUAAUGCAUGGCUUUUGUGGGAUGUGAAUGUCAAGGCUUUCUUUUCCUGUUUCUGUUGCGCUACCCUGUUGCUAGAGAUUGAACAGCAUGAAUGUUUAAUGCUGAAAGUUAGGAGGGGUCUUAUUUAACAGGAACAGAGACCUCUCCCUCCUGUGAUGUAACAUGUCUCCAGAUGCAGCAGUAAUGUGUUUUUUAUUUAAUGCUAACUUUUUGAUUUGGUUUGUAUUGCCUGGUCUUGACUACUUUUGUCUUUUUGGGACCCUGUAAGUAAGAUGCUACAAAUGAGAGAUUUUUAAUUAAUGGUUUGACAACCAAAGGACUUACAUUGUUUAUAUAAAUUAUCCUUACAUUGCCAAACUCCCAUCAGUUUUCAAGUUUGUCAUGAAGCGAUUUUCAUGUUGAUAUGUUUCUGUACUGUGUCCGGGGACUUGCUCACUGUUCAUCUGGGACAGUGCAGAUGCAUUGUGACACUACAGAUGUUUCUUCUGAAUAAACAAGACCUCAUCA